AUGGCUCCUGCGAGAUCAAAGAAGCGAGGCUCCGAUCAGUCUACUGCCUCGACCAGGCAGCGCGGCGUCAAGGUCCCCGUCAAGGAAGAGCCUACUACACCAACAGAGCGAAGUCCCAUCAAGAGGAGAAAAGCCGGCAUCACACUCCACCAAAAGCAAACUUUGAUCCAGAAUCUGCAACUAGAAAUCACUGAGAGAGCCAGACGACUUCGUGCUCAGUACCACCUCCAAGCCCAGGGCCUUCGAUCGCGAAUAGAAAUCCGCAUUAACCGUAUUCCUACCGCGUUACGCAAAAUGAAGAUGGGAGACUUGCUUAUCAAGUAUAUCAAUCAAGAGCAGGCGGCUCUGCGGCCUCCUGUGCCUGCCAAGGAUGGUCCUCCGGGGCGCAGCACAGCUCAGAAGCAAAGCUCACGCCCCAAUACUGCCCGCAGCAACAAUAAACGGUUUAGCACCGAAAUCUCUGGUGGAGACAAGGAAAACGAAAUCGAUGGCGAGACGAUGAAAAAGCGCGUUCGCGCGGCCAUGCAAGACAACCCUCUUCGUCCGACACAAAUCUUGUCGCCGACGUCAUCAAACUGUCGAGUCACCAACCGCGAGAUUCCUGCGUCACCCGCUAGGUCGUACCUCAACCGACCGGGCUCGCCCUUAAAAGUGGGAGGUGCGCGCUCUGCGGCUUCUGCUACAACUAUGCUUUCCAACAUGGUGGAAAAGGCCAAGGCCGCACGUGCCGCAAGCACCAGAAAGACUACCACAUCAUCUGCCGCCAGCUCGCGAGGUACGGCUGCGCCACCAGCCAGCGCGGCAAAGACGCGACGAGGCGCUCCGGCCAGGCAGCAGCCUUCACGCCCGGCCACUCGCACCGGACGCCGCGUGAGCGCUCACAGUGAAACGAGUGAGGCAAGCAAUGGCACAGUUGUGCGCAAGCCUGUGGCGUCCAAGGCGAGCACGGCGACGGCGAAGAAAUCAGUCAUGGGUAGCAUCCGCAAAGGUGUAGCCAGCAGCAGAGCCACGGCGCCUACGACGAGCAGCUCCGGAAGGGUUCUCCGCAAGCGCACCUGA